ACUCGCUGUCAACACAGAGAGCCUCAGAGAACUUGCAACACACUUUCUCUCCCUAUUAGUCACCUUCUUUCUCGGCUUGUUUGAAGGCUGAGCUCCACAUCAAGAAUGAUGCGACCGAAAGAUUUACGCCAGGGCUCUGGCACCAAGACCUUCCUAGAUGCCAUGCACGGUGGUAAAGUACACCUGGCACGCUUUAUCCUGGACGCCUUGGACGGACGCAUCAUCAACUCUAAGACAGAAAACAGCCGCACCCCGCUCAUGUACGCUGUUUGCCUGCAAGACCCUGGGACCAGGGCCAAGUUUACCCGUCUGCUGCUGGAAAAAGGGGCAGAUGUCAACUGCCAAGAUGAGGACUGUCGUACGGCCCUGAGCCUUGCCUGUGAAAUGGGUCACCUGGACGUGGUCAAGCUUCUAGUGCAGUUCAAUGCUGACCCGGAUGUCUCUGACGCCUGGGGUAACAGCGCUCUGAUGUAUGCUGCCUAUUCUGGGCACAGCCAGGUUCUGGAGUUCCUGGUCCGGGCUUUCAAAAGAUUGGGACUAAGGCUGGACAGAACCAACAAUGCUGGUCACUCAGCCAUCGAGGUGGCCAACUUCUUCGGACACAACCACUGUGUGCAGAUUCUGAACUUUCCAUGCAGGAGGGGUGCUGGUACAGAUGAUCCUCUCGGUGAUUCGGGUACCACUGGUGAAGGAGAGUGCCGGCUGCCCAACAGGCUCCCCAGACACGUUCUGGAGAGGUUCUCCAAGCAGCUGAAUAACAAUGAAGACCAACUGCCCGGUGUAUUUCAGAGACAGCUGAAGAUUGGAGACAGCAGCAGCAGGCUGUGGAACCGUUUCAGAUGUCCCAGGAGCCAGUCUCAAGAGGACAACCAUCGCCACAGCUGGGCUCUGCCUCCUCAGAUAGAGAAAAGCCAGACUGAGGGGGAUCACAGCGUUCUCUUCACUGCCAAACAACUGCAAAACGUCCACCUUAGAGAGGUAAGAGAGGCUAAAACACUGAACCCUCUGCCUAAACCAAGCCAGAAAGAUGUCAGCCGAGAUAAUGGACUCCAAGAGCAAACACCACUAAGUUUUCCUCUCUGGGGAAAAGCAAAGUCUUUUAACCUGGAUCUCCUGAGCACCAGAAAGCAGUCCUAUCAGGGUGACGUGCGUGACAUGAGCCUGUCAGCCAGCAAAUUAAAGAGAGCCUCGCUACAGGAUGAGAGAUGCCUGAUAGACAAGAUUGAAUGUCAAGGGAACACCCGGGGCCUGACAAACGAUGCUGACAAAACUGUCUCAAUGCCAAAACCUCUUUUAAACGGCAAGAGCCAGCCUGCGAGAGCACUCGAGGAGAAUGUCAAAUCACAGAAAGAAGAGGCAAAUGACAUAGCUUCAUCAAGCAGAAGAGAGCAGAAGAGGGGAAGCUUUGGCCCGACCGGCAGACACAACAAACUGCUGUUUGCCAGAGGGGAGAUAGAGUCGGGGAAGAUCCCAAACCGUACACCGGGAUUCAUGGGUCUGGGGACCAGACUGCUGCGUCGAUUUACUGCACCAGAGUUUAUGAGGAUGGUGAUAGACUGUUCGUCAAGCUCCUCAAAUGGCCGAGGGCGGAUGUCCCGCUCUGAAACCUUCCCUCUCUCUCACACACAUCAGCAGGUCAACAGCCAGCCGAGCGUCGACAGCAUCAGUGGAGUGAAGUGUGAGUUUGAAAGCUGCUCAUCUCAGUCUGCCCUCGAUUAGAAAAAGGACAAUGUCUAGUAACAUAAACGGCUGGUGGGGAAAUUUUUACAGCACUUAAAUUUAUUCUGACAAUGCAGUUUGAUUGCUUGAUGAUAUAUUCUAUUUAUUAAGAGGAAUAAUCUUUUGCUUAUGUUGCAGUUUAUCAGAUUUUUCAAUGUUUAUCAAUAAUAAAAAUUUUAAACAAAAGCUAAUUGUUCAGUUGCAUACAAUUUUGGUAUUCUAUAUUUGAAAUAAUUUAUAAAUGAACAUAAUAUCCAUCUGUGAGCUACUGAAAAUAAUUAUUUUGUUUUACAUUUAAGAUUUAUAUUGUAUGGAAUUAAAUGUAUUUGAUAUUGCUUUUGUGUUUUCAAGAAAAAAAUCUAUGUAUUUUGCUUAAAGAUAUUCAUUAACCGUGCACUGUAUGAUUCAUGCUGAAUACCUAAUAAAUACGU